AUGAAUAAUAUUAAGAAUUACUUUUCGAUUCCCUUAAGCCAAAUGAGCAAAAAUCACCUACUUUAAGAAAUAGAAGAUGAAAACUUGGAAGAUAAUUAAUAUAUUUCAGCUCAGCGUUUAACAAUAGUUCAAUCAUGUCUCAGUAAAACCAUUAUUGAAGACUAUCCUUUGGAAAAAAUAAAAAGAAAUUAGGUAAGGUAAUAAAAAGAUUGGAAGGAGUAAUUCAAAUGGCUAUGA